AUGAGAUUCAUCUUCCUCCUCGUGCUUAUCUCUGCCGUUGCGGCGGCUCCUGUCAAGAGACAACCCACCUCCUUCGCCCCCGCAAGCCCUCCCGCCGCCGCUGCCACAAAGUACCCCACCCCACCAGGCGCCCUCCCCGCCGCUGGAGGCGCCGUCCGCGGUGCCGAGGGCGCGCUUCCCGCUGCUGGUGGCGCGCUCCCCGAGGUCGCGGGCUCGCUGGAUAAGGGGCUUGUUGGCAGCCUUAUUGGCCCGCAGAGGCGCGAUUCUACGGGUGGGGACGCCAUCAACGAGAGGGGUGCUCUGGAUGGCGGUGUGAGCGGGGAGGAGGGUGCGACGCCCUCGAGCAGCGCUGUCAUCAAGCCCAUGACCAUUCCAUUCAUGAAUCCUACCGACGCGUUUGUGAAGCCCACGGGGACGUACUACCCCUUCGCCACUGCUGGCGUCGCCUGGAAGAGGCAGUAUGGCGGCUCGGAAUACGGCGCUGGAAGGAACCAUGAUGGUCCAGGCUACGGCAACUCAGACGAUGGAGGAGUCUUGGGAUUCGUAUACGGUGGCGAAUACAACGACAACCCAUACGCGCGCCGAGGCCUUCCUCGCGACGCACCUAGCGCGGCAUACGACGCUGGUGUCGGCACUGCAUACAACUCGGAUACCGGUGCUGGCUACGGGUCGCACGCCGGCUACGCCGCCGGCGCCGGCGCAGGCGCGGACGGGUACACCUACGUCAAGGCCAGCGGGAGCAUCUCGGGCUCGUACGAGGCCAUGAUGGCGGGCGGCGGGGCCAUGGAUGGGUACGGGAGGGCAGGGAUGGGCGCGGGUAUAGGCUCUCACGCCGAAGCAGACAUGAACGGACGCCUCUGGCCCCACGGUACCAGUCACGCCUCGCCUGCGUACGACGCUUCAGCCCCCGCUCUCCCGGCUCAGUCAACCGACGCACCUUCCGCUGACCAUGUCCCCAUCCCAUACGCGACCGCGGCCCCCGAUGCGGCUGUUCCUACAUUCCACGGACCCGGUCCUGUGGAUGGUGUUGAGAAGCCCUCAUAUCUCGACAAUCACGGACUCGAGGCCUACAACAUUCCGGAGGGACCAGCUACCGAUAUUCCCCUCCAGUCAUACUCUCCCACCGACGAGCCACAGGACACCGCUUAUCCCGAGCCGACCUACACCGCUAACGUGGCGAGUGAGGUCCCCGUGGAUAGCCCUGCGACGUACGACUACCCUUCGGCUGCGCAGCCUACCAAGUGGUCCUAUCCCUCCGCCGACGCUACGGAUGGCUUUCCCGUAUACAGCACCCCUGCAACUGACGACUACCCUCCGGAGGCGCAGCCGUCUGUGUGGAUCUACCCCUCCGUCAACGAGGGCUCAGACUAUGGCGCUACAGACGCUCCCACCCCUACAUACGCUCCCACCCCUACAUACGCUCCCACCCCUACCUUCGAUCCGACCCUCUACACGAUGGUGCCUCCACCUCACGGUCUCGGGACGAGGCCAUGGGGUCCGGGUCCGGCUCAAGAGGUUGAGCCCACCAUGGAGGUCGAGCCGACUUAUGCGGUGCAGGCCGUACCUACGGAGGCGGCUUCCGUGAUCUACAAGUAG